CAAAAGAUGAUGAUAGUCAAAUCAAUAUGAUAGAGUAUUUCAAAGCUGCCCUGCACACAUUUGCACUGAAUAGCACUAAUAGUAUGGGUAGUUUACGAUGUAUCCUUUGGUUGACGAUAAAAUUAAAAAAUGACGUGGAAUACAUUCCGAAUGACGAUGGCCGAAUCAUCUCAUCACCACUAGAAGAUAAUGAAUUCUGUGAAGCGAUUAUACGACAAGAAAAUAAGAAAUUAAUACGAUUCACGCUGCCAAAACCUGAAAAUUCUGAUAAGUUGAAAUUACGUUGGCCAUUGAAUGAUCUUGAAGUGACAGAUAAAAUCAAAUAUGUCGAUUUACGUAAUCUAUCACACAUUCUGUCAACGCCAUUUUCUGCAAUUAAAAAACUUGAGCUUUGCUUAGAAAUACCACAACAAGAUAUCAUGUAUAAAUUUGUUGAACAUACAAGACUAUCAGAUAAGCAUUUGAUUACGUUUAAAAAUCCAAUGAAAGUGAUCUUGGACGAUGAUGUGGAUAAUGAACACAAUAACGAUCUAAUAUUUGGACUUCUGUACGAGUUAGCCAGCAGAUUAGUUAGUGAUGAUGAGGAGGAGCAGGAUAAUGUGAAGGAGAAUGACGCAGAUGAUGGCGAUGGUGAUGCGGAAGCUGGCGACAAUGACAGUGAGGGAGAUGGGGAUAACGCAAAGGAUUGUAUCGACAACAACCGAAGGACUGACAAUAUUCAGAUGGCCAAUGAAAAGGAUAGUUUAGGAUCAACUGAGUCAUUCACGCCAUUAUCGCCGACACCUUCUGAGCAAAAAAUUGAAUCGCCUGUAAAGAAAGUCAACCACACUGGAUCAGUGUGGUCUCCACCAAUAUCAUCGUCAUCAUCAUCAUCCUCUUCACAGUCCUCAGGAUCUAGAUCACUUGAAAGCAAAGAACCAUCAACAUCAAACAAUGAUGCUUACAAGCUGUUGAAUAGUCUAGCUGACUCAUUUGAUGUGAAAUUCGGUGAUGAAACAGAAUCGGUACAUCAAUCAGCCAAUGUUCAUCGAUGUCAUCCUGCAGAAACUACUGACCAUUUUGAGACUGUCGGUAGUACGGAAUCGAUACCAUCAUCAUCGUCAGAUAUUGAUUUACAAGAAAAUAUCAAUAACGACAAAUAUCCCAGUCGAAAUUCGGUUAAUGAAGCAAAUAUUGAAGACAGCGAUGACUUUGUCGAUGGAAAUGGAGACGGAGAAGAUGCCGAUUGUGCUGGUGAUGAUGAUGUUGAUGUUGAUGACAAAGAUUAUGAAGGCGAUUAUGUCAACAAUAAUUUAAACAAUAAAAGCACUCAGGUUUCCAAUGAACAUGUUGCUUCAGCAUCUGAAACGACACAGACCGAGAAGCAAAUCCCCAGUGAUAACAGCCAUCAUCAGCAUAGUCCACCGAAAGUUUCAUCGUUGCCUUCACCAUCUUCAGUGGAUGAGUCAGGGAUUCAGUCACGUGGAACCCUCAGCACACCUAUCAAACAAUAAAUUUAACG